UAUCUGCGUCGCACGGGCCACGCGGCAUGCUUUUCCCCAUGGUGGACCUCGUCGUUGAGAACUUCAGAUGCGACAUCAUGGGGAUUUCUUUAUGACGCUUUCACGACACAUAUAAGAUCAUCUCCCCCAGAUCUUCAAUUCAACCUUGGGGCUCUCAUCUUCAUGUUUUGCUGGGUCAAUGACCACGCCUUGGGGGAUGAGAUUGGGAUCCAUGGACAGGGGAAGGACACGGGAAGGCACCACCCCUUUCGCUCUUCUCAAUUGUCGCAUGUCUUCUGAUGGGUCGACUGGGCAUCGGGAUACCCUGAUACAAGGAAAAAAGAAAACGGCCGCGUUGUCGUCGACUCACAAGAGGGUGGCAUGUCCGAUGUGUGGCGAUGGCCCUGAAUUCCAGUAUCAGGUACCAGCCCCGGGAUUCCAGAAAAAGAUCCAGCUGGUUGCAUUGCAUUGGCUCCUAUGGCUGUUGCCGCAAUUCUUGGCCCCGAGCACGACAUCGACACAUUUUUCCAUUUUGUGGGCCAUGCCCAUCCAUUGCCUGUUGCAUGCGGCGAUUGGGAAGCCCCACAGGACCCAGAAUCCACCCUUGUCUCGGCCUUUGUUGCCUUCGACUGCAUCACAUCCCGCAACUCAUCAGGAUCCCUUUUCGAAUCCCACGCCAACACUGUCUUGGCGACGCCGGCGAAGCUUCUUGGAUGCCGUACGGAAUACGGGACCAAGACAGGACUCCCAAGCCAACGAAUCUCGAGAAACCUGCCUUCCUGAUCGAGGUUAUCAUUGCGUAAAAGCCGUCAGCCUUGCGUCUCUCUGGGCAUCGAAUGCAUAGGGGUUGUUGCACGCUACGCACUAGGGCAAGGUUAGACCGAUGAGCUUGGAAAGGUGUCCGAUGGCGUGCGGCUCAUUGUUGCAUGUUGCAUCCACCGAAGGCAACUUUAGCAGGUUGCCCUUACCGAGAACCACAGCGGUUUUGGGUCCACCUCCGAAAGCUUCUCGGAGGUCUGGGGUGCCUUGGGAUUUUACC